UCCAGUUAACCAUGAACGAGGUUUUUCGGCCGCUGCUGGAUAAAUGCGUCAUCGUGUACCUCGACGACAUCCUGUUCUACAGCACUACCCGGGAGCAGCAUUUGAAGGAUUUGGAUGCAGAUUUCUCUCUCCUGCAGCAGUACCGACUUAUCACCAAGGGCUCUAAGUGCCAGUUUCUCGAACAAGAACUGGAGUUUUUGGGACACGUCAUUUCGAUCGACGGCGUUAAAAUCGACCCAAAGAAGAUUGCAACCAUCCAAGACUGGAAGCCACCGGCUAAUCUCCAUGAACUUUUGAGUUUUCUGGGGUUUGUGAAUUACGUUCGCCGUUUCAUCCCGAACAUGGCGGGGGUAACUUCCCCUCUCACGGAUCUCCUAAAGAAGGGCAAGUUUUAUGAGUGGGGGGGAGAGCAACACGCUGCGUUCGAACAGCUCAAACUUUUCCUGACUACACCUCCGGUUCUUCGAAUUGCAGAUCCUCACUGUCCGUUUGAGCUCAUCAUCAACGCUAUCGACCUGGCUGUUGGCGCAGUACUAUUACAAGACUUCGGCGAAGGCCUCCAACCCAUCACCUACGAGUCACGAAAGCUGAACCCGGCAGAGCACAAUUAUCCAGUCCACGACAAAGAGUUACUCGCCAUCGUUCACGCUUUCAAGGUCUGGCGCUUCUACCUGACGGGCGCUGACGUGACAGUCCGAACAGACCACAAAUCGCUAUAUCAUCCCCAACUGAAGGUCAAGCAAGGGGCCUAUAUCCUAAAAUCCGGUACCAAUCGGAUUUGGGUUCCCGCCUACCAUACCCUACAAGAACUACUGAUACAGGAGGCACACGACUCGAAUUUCUCGGGUCAGUACGGCAUCGACAAAACUGCCAAAUUGCUGAGCCGUAAUUAUUACUGGCCCGACUUGCCGACAGACGUGCAGCAGUACGUCACCUCCUGUGCCACCUGUCAACGCAUGAAGUCUUCACGGCUUCGACCUGCGGGAUUGCUGCAGCCGCUCGAGCCACCCAGCCGGCCCUGGCAACAAGUGACGAUGGAUUUUGUCACUGGCCUGCCGGCUGGUUCAAGCGGUAACGACGCGAUUCUCGUCGUCGUUGACCGGUUGACCAAGAUGGCCCAAUUCGCCGCCUGCAAGAUGACAAUUACUACCGAGCAGACAGUGAAAAUGUCCUUACGAACAUCGUGCAGCUACAGGGCAUUCCUUCGGCAAUCAUCAGCGAUCGUGACCCACGGUUCAUGUUCAAUUUCUGGACAAAAACCUAGCAGCAGUACGGCACACGCCUGCAUCUGUCCACGGCGUACCACCCACAAUCGGACGGCCAGACUGAGCGCACCAAUCAGACGAUGGAGCAGCUGAUUCGCACGACGCUCGGCCAACUUCUUCGGUCCCGAACCAUUUUGCGAACCCAAACCUCGA